GCACCAUUCAAUUCCUCCCACUUCAGUUUUUUUUUUUUUUUGUUUAAAAUAACCAAACAGAUUAUUAAACUUUCAAAAUCCCUCCAAAGAUUACGCUUUUAAUCGCCAUAAUCCUCACAUUAUCUUUCUCAUUUUCCCAUCUCUCUCUCUCUCUCUCUCUCUCUCUCUCUCUCUCUCUCUCUUUCUGUGCGUGAAAAUUGUUUGAAGGCGUUGCAAUGGCGACGAAUAUAGGAAUGAUGGACAGCGGGUACUUUGUAGGGAGGAAUGAGAUAUUGACUUGGAUUAACAAUAGGCUUCAGCUCAAUCUCUCUCGCAUUGAAGAGGCCGCUUCUGGUGCAGUGCAAUGUCAGAUGAUGGACAUGACCUAUCCAGGAGUAGUUCCAAUGCACAAGGUGAAUUAUGAUGCGAAGACGGAAUAUGAUAUGAUCCAAAAUUAUAAGGUUCUGCAGGAAGUAUUCAACAAGUUGAAAAUCGAUAAGCAUAUUGAAGUCAACAGGCUAGUUAAAGGACGGCCUUUGGACAAUUUGGAGUUCUUACAAUGGCUGAAACGCUACUGUGAUUCUGUAAAUGGUGGCAUUAUGAACGAGAAUUAUAAUCCUAUUGAGCGAAGGGGUAAAGGUGUGAAGGAUCGGAGUACUAAGGGGUCUCAGAAGAAUCCGAAAUCACUGCAAACAAACAAUAUGCACAAUCCUGGUUCUGGUGACACAGUUGGUCUUAAUAAAGCCUCUGGUUUCAGGCAAGGGAAGACAUACGGAGCAGCAGGUGGAGGUGAUUCUUCAGGGGAGGUUCAGGCGUUGUCCAAGGAGAUUUCUGAUCUUAAGUUCUCCGUGGAUCUUUUGGAAAAGGAACGAGAUUUUUACUUUGCAAAAUUGAGGGAUAUAGAAAUUAUCUGUCAGACUCCUGAAUGGGAAGAUCUCCCGAUGUCUGUGGCGAUUAAGAAGAUAUUGUAUGCUGCUGACGCCAAGGAAUCUGCACUUUCCGAAGCACAGGAUUACCUGUCCCAGUUUAUGCCUCCUGCUGAAGCUGAAGCUGAAGCAGGAGCAGAAGCAGAAGCAGAAGAUGAAGCCUGAGUCUUCUGACUGCCAAAGGAGGGUUGCCUGCAAAACGUAAGGCAUUUGCAGGCCCUUCUGGCUGGAUAAAAGUUUAAACCCCAAGGCUUCAUUUGAUCAAUGAGAUGCUAGUGAUCUUUCACGCUGCUUCAGCUGCUAAAUGCCAUUUAGACCUUUAUGUCUACUUGUAUCUGCUGGAUAGAUGGUCAUAAAUUGAAAUGACUAGCCUAAUAAUAGUAUAUUGAACUUCUUUUUCGCCUAGAACUUAAUUUGAAGAGAAUUGGUUGGUCACCAGAA